AUGACAGAGUCUGAUAUUACCAUCCAAUUAGCUACUGCUGCUGACGCUCACAUCCUCUCUGAUUUGGCAAGACGAACCUUUUCCGAUACUUUUGGUGCUGAUAACCCUCCCGAAGAAAUGGAGAAAUGCCUAAAUGAAAAUUAUACCUAUGAACUUCAGCUCAAAGAAAUCAAUGAUCCCUCCAUGAGCACCUUUAUGGCUAUAGAUAAGAAUAAUGUCGCCGUCGGCUUUGCUCAACUGCGACUGAGCAAGGAAGUCUACGAUUUCAUCGGUGAUAAUGAUGCCAUUGAAUUGCAGAGAAUAUAUGUCGACAAGAACUGUAAAGGAAAAGGCGUUGGAAAGGCUCUUUUACUGGCUAGUAUUGAAAAAGCAAAGCAGCUUGACAAAAAGACAGUAUGGCUAGGUGUAUGGGAGCAUAACCCCAAGGCGAUUGCCUUCUACGAGCGUUUUGGAUUCACCAAGGUUGGAAGCCAUAUUUUCAGAGUGGGCGACAAAGAAGAUACCGAUUAUGUAUUUAUCAAGAAAAUUUAG